AUGGGUGGAAAUUUGAAAUAUUUGUUGGUGUUGAUGGUGAUGAUUGUUGAAAGUUGCAAUGGUGGAGUUGUUCACAAAGUUGGUGAAUCUUCUGGUUGGACCAACAUCAAUCUUACUUCUUCCUAUUACAAUUCUUGGACUGCUUCAAAGAAUUUCCAAGUUGGUGACACCAUUUUGUUUGAGUACAACAAGGAAUUCCACAACGUAGUGAGAGUGACGCACAAGAACUUCAACACGUGCAACUCAACCGCUCCGUAUGCAUCGUGGGCUACCGGCAACGACUCGUUCCCCAUCACGAAGACAGGCCACUACUACUUCAUCUGUGGUCUGCCGAGCCAUUGCCAGGCCGGUCAGAGGGUCGACAUUCGGGUCACUCAACGCACACCCAGCCAAAGCCCAAGCCCGAGCCCAAGCCCAAGACCGAGCCCGAGCCCAAGCCCAAACCCAGUAAUAGAUACCCCGGAUACUAUCGCUCCGGCUCCAGCUCCAGGCCCAUCUGCUGUCCAUCCUAGUAAAAAGAGUGCCUCUUCAUCUCUUCAAUCACAUUUAAUGCUGUUGAUGUUUGUGGUAGCUACUGCCCUUGCAUUUUAG